UUGCGAUCUCGGUUUGCCGGUGUCUGAUCAGUUCAGCGGUUGCCAAGAUCGCCGAGUGUGGGGCCAGCUUGAUGAAGGUGACACUAUGAGAGCGAGGGAAGGAAGCUGCAUCUACGCGUGCACCCGUGUGGUGAGAGCUCAAAGAGCUGCAUGUGUGUGAUGUGCACUGCAACUCACUGGAUGGAUGCCGUGGCCGACUUGCCAGCAUGUGUUGAUAGAGGAGCCAGAAUGUAUGUGUCCAUAGAACAUGCACGAGGACUGCCAGCACGUGCGCAACUCGCAUGAAGAUCUUCCUCCGCGAUCAGACGUGGGGGCGUUGGGGGCGGAGGAAGACGCGACUCAGAUGUGGGGCCUCGCGAUGUCGAGCGCGAAGCCUCAAUCCAAGUCGCCUCCGGCACCACCGGCCGAUGCACCUACCACCACAACACGCCCCACUUCGAAGAAGGCCGCUGAGCGUCCUCCCGUGACCCACCACCCCAUCAGCAGCCCUCCCUUCGUGUCAGGGAUGGUGCCGAGCGUAGAGACCCCCCUGCUGCCACCCGAGAGCGUCGUGGUGCGGCCUGCGAGCGUCAAUGUGACGACCAAGAAGAGCCUCAAGAGGGAGCUGGCUUCGUCGAAGAGAGAGGGCGAGAAAGAAAGUCGAAAGAAGAGGAAGAGAAAGACGAAGGAGGGGGAGGAGCAAGGAGACGAACAGAGGGAGGGGCAGGGGACGGCGGAAGAAGCCAACGCCGCCAUACCAGAGGAGACAAGAACUGCGGACAACAACAAGCCGUGGUGAGUGAGCUGGUGGAACACUGAAUGUCACCGUGUUUGUCGAUGUUUGGUUGACACUGUUGUUGUGUGUGCAGGGACUUCUGCGAGGAUCAGCUACUGCAUUCCCUGUUCAUGCAGCUCGGGAGCGACUUCUCAGCCAUUGCCAACAGAAUGCCAGGCCGUGACUCUCGCAGCUGCUUCGAGCGGUGGACACAUCUCUGCCGCACGGCGCCCAAUGUGGUAUUUGCAGCCCCUCCCGUCGCCCACACGCACUUCUCCCCUGCCCCCCGCCCCCAGGUCUCCCUCCCCCUCCACCCAAUCGCCACCGGCGCACGGCCGCUGUCGCCCGUCUUCCAGCCUGAACCUCCGAGCCCGGAUCAUUCCCCGUCUGAUUUCUUGGUCUUCGCGGCCAAGCGGAAGGCUGAGGCCAGGAAGGGGAGCGAGAAAGAUGAAGCGGACGAAAGCCGGAAGGAAGAUGAAGCCCGACAUCCAAAGGGAGCCGGUUGUGAGAGCGGGUGAGGGCAGAUGAGGUUUCGAUCGCACCGGUUUUCUGUCUGUCUGACAUCUUCGCUUCUGUCUCUUGUGUUCGUCAGGUCCUCCCCGUCGAGGAGUCCCCCUUCGGCUCCUCGACUGGCGAGUGCCUAUGGCUACUCGCCUAUAUUCAGGCCGCAACCAGGAAGGUAUAUUCUUCACUUGGCUGAUUCUGUCCGGCGUCUUCCCUCAUCUUUGCUUUGCUCUCUUGGUCAGGUUCUCGCCACCCAGGGCUCCCUCUUCGCCUCCUCGGAUGGCCCAUGGCUAUUUUUCAGCCUUCGGAGAGCUGCCAACAAGGUACAUGGACUGAGUAGGUGAAGGCCACGAUUGUGUCUCAUGUCUCCGUCUGUGUUGGCGACAGGAUGCCACCCUCCCCACCACUGCGAGCCCCGUUGACAGCACCCUACGCAUAUCCCAAUCCCAUGGCCCCCUACAGUGCCAGCCGAUACCCGAUGACCUUCGGGCCCCGUGGCACAAGCCCACCACCGCGGGGCGUCGCUCCCUUCUGGCCUCGGGGGGGAGGGAUGAUGCCCAUGUACGGUUACCCUGCGCCAUCACGAGCACCGCUUAUCGCAACCGGCGCCCCACCGCUCUCUCCUGUUCCCGGGGGCUCGGUUGGCAGGGCCAGUACGGCAACGGCCCCGUCACCUCCACUCGACGCUUCACAGCAAGACGCGCCACACAGGGAAGGGCAGAAUAUGAAGGAGAGGGAGGGGCGGCCGGAGGAAGAUGCGUUCUUCUCACCGCCCCCUCCACUCAGCUUUUCGCCGAGCCCUCACCUGACGCCGUCGCCAUACAAUCCCCCGCCACCUCUGCAGAUACCGCCUCUCGCCCACACAGACCACGACGAAGGUGGCUCGUCGCCUGAGACGUCACACGGCGGGGUGAGCAUCCCCGAACUGGCACGGCGGGAAGCGGCGGCUAGAAGGGGCAGCACGGUUAGUCAGAUGAGCAACCUGGAGGAUCUUAUUGCGUUGGGCUCACCAGCAGCGAUGGAGAGGUUCUUCUCAGAUAAGGAGAGCCCGUGACAGGUGCGUGGCUGGCGUGCGGAGGUUAUGUGAGGCUGUGUAUGAUGAUGGUUUGGGGAUUGUGGCUGUCAGUCCAGAGCUCAGUAGGACUUUUUCGCAUUGAUGGGAGUGGGGAUCGAA